AUGGCUUCCCAUCAUCAGCUCACUCGUGCUAUUCCAUAUCCCGGAAAGGAACCUUUUGGCGCCCUUUGGAAUAAGUGUAUCUGGCAAUGGGUUUUCUUUACCGGGGCUCGUCUGCGUCUGCGAGUUCUAGAAAAGAAUAGGCUUUUCUGGAUAUAUUUCGUGAUACCUCCAUGGUGUGACCCUGAAGAGAGCUAUCAUUUGCCUGGGGUUCCAGAGAUGGCUCAGUGGGAUGUGAUACACACAGAAAGCACCAUGCCCAACGGUUACCAUGUGUAUGUCACCUCACGGAUAACUUCUCAUGGCUUUGAGGGACAACAGUAUAUACCUGCGGGUAACUUCCCGUCAUUUCAGCAUGUGUCUCAUAACCACCACUUUUCACAUAUGACCCAUCCAGGAUACCAAGUACAUCAUGGCUCCCCCUUGCAGCAGGUGCUCAAGCGAUCGGGUCCCUCUUGGGUGACUAUCCCUCCGCAGUCGUCCCUACAGGGUUCAGUUCAAGCCCAGGCGGGACCGAGUCAAGGCAACGUUGCCAACAAUCCAUGUGAACCGGAACAGCCUGAAUCACAGUCCAGAGAAUUGUCACCACUUGAGAGUGGUCAUGACAUCGUGUGUGAUGUUUUAAUCGUCGGAGAAAUAGAAGUCACAGACGAAAACGCUCAAGAUCUCCUUCCCCUCGAAGCUCGCCUUUUUGUUGGAAAUAUACCAAGUGCUCUUUGUCCAACUCAGAUAAAGUUCGAGCUCAAGAGGAUCCUUGCCAGAUAUGGAUGUUGUUAUGUCAAAGUGAAGACGAACCCUAAUUCUGGUUUGAGAACCGCCUUUGCGCAAUUCGAGACACCGGAGGUUGCGAACAGAGUCAUGCAAAAGAGCAAGGAUCAGCCAUCAGAAUUCGAUCUUCACCACCGCUCUCUCCGGUUCGAGAUGGCGAAAGGGAAAAGGGAGAUUUCCACUCGCACACGUUCCCGUGAAGUUUUCUCUCAACCAGACCCUUGCACCACACGAGUGGAUAAUAUUGAGGGUAGGGUCGAGCCCGCCCAAGAAAUGAACGGCGAGGGUAGGGUCGAGCCCGCCCAUAACAUGAAUGCCGAGGGCAACGUCGAGCCCACCCACAGAAUCAACGGCGAGGGCAGAGUUGAGCCCCCGCAAGACAAUAGGGAAGUGGUCUCCGAAAGCGGCAAGUCUGCUGGGGAAACCCGUGAGAGUUUCUAUAAUGUAGGGGCCAGAGGCAGCCACUCAGCUCCGUGCCUACCUCUCGUGUGGGAAGCCUCUGCAACGGCCUGA